AUGACUGGAGUCUUUGACAGUCUGGUGGCUGAUAUGCACUCGACCCAGAUCACGGCCUCCAGCACGUACCACCAGCAACAGCAGCCCCCGAGCGGCGGCGGCGCUGGCCCCGGCGGCAGCAACGGCAGCAGCCUCCACAAGCCUCAGGAGUCGCCCACACUCCCGGUGUCCACAGCUACCGACAGCAGCUACUACACCAACCAGCAACACCCGGCGGGCAGCGGCGGCGGCGGCGGCGCUGGGGGCUCGCCCUACGCGCACAUGGGUUCCUACCAGUACCACGCCAGCGGCCUCAACAACGUUCCUUAUUCAGCCAAGAGCGGCUACGACCUGGGCUACACCGCCGCCUACACCUCCUACGCUCCCUACGGGACCAGUUCGUCCCCGGCCAACAACGAACCUGAGAAAGAGGACCUCGAGCCUGAAAUCCGGAUAGUAAACGGGAAGCCAAAGAAAGUCCGGAAACCCCGAACCAUCUACUCCAGUUUCCAGCUGGCGGCUCUUCAGCGGCGUUUCCAAAAGACUCAGUACCUGGCACUGCCCGAGAGAGCUGAGCUGGCGGCGUCUCUGGGCCUCACCCAGACUCAGGUCAAAAUCUGGUUCCAGAACCGCCGAUCCAAGUUCAAGAAAAUGUCUGCUUUUUAUUUUUGAUGCUCCUAUGCCCCUUGGGACCAGCCCCCGGGGCCCAGCGCCUCGCCCCCUUGUGCUUCGCCGCCGGCCUCGGCGCCGACCUCCUGGGACUUCGGCGCGCCGCAGCGGAUGGGGGGCGGCGGCGGCCCGGGCAGCGGCGGCAGCGGCGCGGGCAGCUCCGGCUCCAGCCCGAGCAGCGCCGCCUCGGCUUUCCUGGGCAACUACCCGUGGUACCACCAGGCCUCGGGCUCCGCUUCGCACCUGCAGGCCGCUGCGCCGCUGCUGCACCCGGCGCAGACCUCGCAGCCGCACCACCACCACCAUCAGCACCACCACGGCGGCGGGGGCGCCCCGGUGAGCGCCGGGACGAUUUUCUAA